UAGUAGAGGGGACUAGAGAGUGAGAGAAGGAUUCUUACUUUCUCUCUCUUCUCUCUAUCUCUCUUCUCUCUAGGUCUUCGACGCGCUUCUCUUCCGUCUUCCUUCUUCCUUCUUCCAUCUUCCAUCAAAUCUUCCAUCUUCCAAUUUCCACUUCGAUUUCCGUUCUUUUGCUCCAACUUCUCAGGGAUUCAAGGUUCCGAUGUUCUGUUUAUCACUCUCUCUUUGUGUUUGAAGUUCAAUUUCAAGUUCUCGGCUUCAGUGGCGGCUUCUGAUCUACCUUCUUCGAUUCGGUUUUUUUCUUCGUUCUUCAGUUGUUGUGGGAUUUUGCUUUUGAUUCAACUCAGUGCGUGAGGUUUUCUUCCGUGGAGCUCUUGGGAUUUACUGGAAAGUUUGUCAAGCUACUGGUAAUUCAUCUAGGGCUGUGGUCUGCUUUUUCAGUUUUGGUAUUUUCCUUUUAAGAUUGGCCGUUUGUAGAUGGUCAAAUUUGGGGUUUUUUUUCGUACUUGGUUUAUUUGUAAAGAGAAGAGUAUUGGGUUGUGAUCUGCUGUUUUCUCCUUUCGUAAUUUGUACUAUUGACUUGCAGUAGUUCUUUUAGAAUUGAAAAAAGGGAAGAAAUUGGCGUGAUUUGUUUAUAUGCUUUCCCUUAUUCUUUUAUUGUCUUUUGUGGUUUUAUUCGUAAGUUUAUGAACGAAAGUGUUGCUAUUGAGUCCAGCUGAGCGGUGAAGAACAUUUUCGCUCUAGGUGUUUACACUUUCUUCAGGGUUUACGUGUUUGCAGUGGAGGUUUAUGAUCACGUCCGUGUUCAGCUAGUGACUCUAUUCUUGAAGAAGCGGAAUUGAUCCAGGGCGCUAGUGAAGCAGCCAGCUUCUGGUUUGCAUAAAUGGAUAUGAGGACAGAAAAGAAUAUUACAUACCCGGAGAGAUACUAUGGAAAUAGUUCCUAUCGCACUGCUGGUGAAUCAGAGGGUUCCGGCAGCUCGGGAAGAAUUGACCCUGAGAUUGCUGCCUCGGAAGUGUCUAGCACUCCGAUGAGGAGAUGUGUCAGUUUUAGUUCUGAUAACCGUGAAGGUUUGCGAGUUCCAACGCAAGUCCUUCCCUUGACUAGCCUGUUGCAGUCUGAGAGGAAGGACUUGGUUUACAGGCUGAGAAAAGAACUUCAACAGAUUCAGACCCUCAGAAAGAAAGUAGAAUUGCUUAGAACACAUAGUUUUACAGUUUCAUCUUCAAGUGAUAUUCUUAGCUGUAGCAAUGUACGCAAUGGGCUGUCAGCUGAAUGUAUUAAAAAUACCUCAAAUCCAACUUCAGGGCAACGAAAGAAAUCUAAUGUUCCAAGCCAUAAGAAAGGACAAGGAUCCAGUCGGGUUGCUUCAGAUAAAGUUGGAUCUGCUGCACAAGCAUCUGUUUCCAACACCUCAAACGCUACUUCAGCAAUUUUGAUGAAACAGUGUGAACAACUACUGAAAAGAGUAAUGUCACACCAGUAUGCCUGGGUAUUUAACACCCCUGUUGAUGUAGUAAAGUUAAAUCUCCCCGAUUAUUUCACAAUUAUCAAACACCCCAUGGAUUUGGGAACGGUGAAAUCUAAGUUAUCUUCUGGAGCGUAUUCAAGUCCAUUGGAUUUUCUUGCUGAUGUGAGGCUUACUUUCUCUAAUGCAAUGACUUACAAUCCACCUGGCAAUGAUGUGCACGUUAUGGCUGAUGUUCUCAAUUCAUAUUUUGAUAUGAGAUGGAAGGCUAUUGAGAAGAAACUGCCAAAAACGGAUGGUCAUGCAUUGGCAGCUAAAUCUAGAUCUCGAGAAGAUGUUGAUACGGUUAAACACGUGCCUCUAAAAAAGAUGAAAGUUGCUUCUAGGUCCCAAGAAGUAACACCCAUACCCUCCAAGCGUGUAAUGACGGAUGAAGAAAAGCUUAGUCUGGGGAGAGAGCUGGAGUCACUGUUAGGAGAAAUGCCCUUGCAUAUAAUUGAUUUCUUGAGAGAGCAAAGCUCUGGUGGAAGGGAAUGCGGAGAAGAUGAAUUUGAGAUUGAUAUUGAUGAUCUCAGUGAUGAUACACUUUUCAAAUUACGGAAGCUACUAGAUGAUCAUUUUCAGGAGAAACAAAAGAAUAAUGCUAGUGCUGAACCGUGUGUGAUUGAGUUGCAGAUGUUGAAUGACUCUGGAGUAAGCAACUCAUCAAUGCAACCAUCUAAAGGGAGUGGGCCAGUUGAUGAGGAUUUAAAUGGUGGUGGAAAUGAAGCUCCUGUUUCCAGUUGUGCUCCUAUGGAAAUAGAGAGAAGUGCUAUGGAUGCUAUCCAUAGGAACAGAAAAUGCACGAGCUCAAGAAAUUCAAAGGCAGAUUCUGAUUCUUCCUGUUCUGAAAAUGACUCUGAUUGUGAUAAAGCUCCAAGUCAAGUACACGAGCAGGUUCCAGAAACCAUUGGCUCAGAAGGUCCAAUAAUUGAAACUACAACCUCAGACGAACCAUUUGAAAGGAAUCAAUCUGAAGGUGGCUACGAACAACCUGAGCAGACUUCCAGCAAGCCUAGUUCUACCGAGUCUGAUUGCAAUCAAGAUGGUAACUACACUGCAUCUGAGAAGCCGGUCUCACCUGAGAGGCUUUACCGGGCUGCUCUGCUAAAAAAUCGAUUUGCUGACACAAUUUUAAGAGCCAAAGAAAAGACGAUGACACAGGGUGACAAGGGUGAUCCCGAGAAGUUGAGGCGGGAGAGGGAGGAACUGGAGCUGGAGCAGAGGAAAGAAAAAGCACGAUUGCAAGCAGAAGCAAAGGCUGCACAAGAUGCACAAAGACGAGCUGAAGCAGAAGCUGCAGCAGAGGCUAAACGUAAGAGGGAACUUGAUAGAGAAGCAGCACGACAAGCAUUGCUCCAGAUUGAGAAAACCGUUAUAAUAGAUGAGAACUCCCAAUUUCUUGAAGACUUGGAGAUGCUAAGAACGGCUCCUGCGGAGCAGUUGCCAAGCUCUGGGGAUGAAACAAGCCCCGAUCACUCGCAAGACGGCCUGGGCAGUUUCAAAUUUGUAGGGAGCAAUCCAUUAGAACAACUUGGAUUAUUCAUUAAAGCAGAUGAAGAGGAUGAGGAAAUCGAGCCAAAUUUUGUGUCAAACUCUAUAAAAGAUGUAGAAGAAGGUGAAAUUGAUUAGGGGGAUAAAAUAGCGUGUGAUGUUGAAUUAAAUGAUAGAAUUGAUCAAGGCAAUGAAUAGAAUUUAUCCAUCCUUUUUAAAGUGAAGAAAUUGCUGUUCCUCUUAGUCGUUCUGAUCAUUAAUUAAAUUUAUUUAGAUAAACAUAGGAUAGAAGAAGAGAGCAGGUUUUAUUAAUAGAAGCAUCAUUUUGAAUGGCUUCUGGUUUGGUUGGUUAGUUGGUUUGGGGGUUUGGCUUUUGCUUGUGGAUUUGCAUAUUAAUUUAGUGUAGUUUAGUUUAGUUUUAGUUUUAGUUUGUGAAAGUGUUCCCCCUUCACCUCCUUCCCUUUCGUUCCUUUUAUGUACUUGUCUGUGUACAUUGAUACUUCAAACAAUACAAUAUGGGUCUCUCGAAACAGGAUUUAGUACAAACCUUUUUCUUUUAA